AUGACAACGACACGAGGCAAAGAACGCCAAUCCAUUCUAUCACACGUAUUUAAACAGAUUCUCUCAGAUCCUCCUAUACCAAGCAAAAAAAGAACAUUUGAAGAUGUAUUCACGCCUUCUAAAUGCUUUCCAGAAUUAUGGCAAACAAGACAAGAACUAAGAGAGAAAGAGGAUUUAUUACUAUCCAAAGGAAGAACUACCAGAGCUGGUAGACUGCGAAUAGAGAGACAAGCUGUUGCUGAUAAAAAAGACUUUAGACAGGACGCAAAAAACUGUAAAAUACAUGGACACUUACAUGGCGGUGACGAGAAUGUAAAUGAGGGUAUAAACAACGAUAUGACGAAAGAGAUAAUAAACGGAAAGAAUAGCGAUGUGGUGCAUAAACGCAAAAGACAGAAGUCUAGCGAAAUUUCGGUUGACAAGCAUAGUCGCGAAGUUACCAAUCAGUUAAACACUGAACUUGAUUCUAGCGAACCAUCAUGUAACGAUAAUGCUAUGACCGUCCAAUUGACUAAUCAUGCGAAGCAAGUCGCACAAAAUAAUGCAAAAAGAAAGUCCAGAGAUGUAACGUUAACGGAAUCGGAGAAAAAGAAGGUCAAGACAGCCAAACCUGAUGUAGUUAAAAAAGGCAGAGGAAGACCAAAGAAAUACGCAACAACCACUUCACACACACAAGCAACUCAAAUGGUGCAUUCAAAUCUCGCACCUCAUUCACCGACACACAUCGAGACAAAGGUUCCCCGGUUACGUCUUAUCUUGAAGAAACGAUGCGAACAACCUUUGCAACCAACAGAUGCUUCACAAUCGAGCGCUCCCGCUUAUGCUAAUGGUAAGAAGAAAUGCGAAGGAAAAACGGGCCUAGUUCCUUUAGACCCGUUGAAGGAGUCGCAGCUGAGAUCGGUGUUGUGCACCACGAAGAAGCAAUUAAGCGCAAAAGCAGCAAGACUGAAGAGGAAGUUGUUGCUGAGAGAGUCCAAACGCGCAGUUCAAUUACCAAUCUUUGACAUUGACAUAUGGAUACAUAACCAUAUGCGAUCGGGAGUAGAUUUGGUUCCAAUCACAUCCCAGGCACCGCAGCCGAAUUCAUCAUCGCUCUCCUCGCCUUUGUCUACAUCCCAAGAUACAUCGCAACGACAAGAGGACGAUUCGUCUCGCUCAGAAGGAUCUCCUGUCUUGCAGGAUUCAGACAGUGUCAACGCUGCUUCUACAGAACGCAGUGAAAUUGAAUCUAGUCUUAACGGAACCAAAAGUGUCAAGAGGCCUCUUUCACGAUAUCUAACAUCUUUUGCAUCCAGAAUACAUGGAAUACCAUACUAUUGGCGUGCGCUGACAAACCCGUCUCUCCUGCUUUCUACGUAUACUUCAACUCCCCUUCCACCAUAUGUAUUCCGUGAUUAUUGGACGCGCCCGCCUAAACUUCUUCUCCUGCAUUCCAUUCUCACGUACCCUCAUCGCGACAAACGCUCGUCCUCUCCACCACUUUCUAGCCCAAUAGACUUUUGUUAUUUCCAACCGGCACAUUUGCUCCAAGUAAAUGAAUUACUACAACGAGUGUUCUGGCCGGGUAUUGAUGUCAGUGAAAAUUUACAGUAUCCAGAGUUUAGCAUUAUUGCGCUAUAUAAGAGACUAGUGAUUGGAUGUGGAUUCGUGACCCCUGCGGGAUAUGUUACCUACCUGGCUGUUUCAGCCGGAUGGGAGAAGAGCGGGAUUGGGAAAUUUAUGUUAUACUGGCUAAUUCAAAAGUGCAAAGGAAAGAAGGAUGUCACAUUGCAUGUGUCAGCUAAUAACAAUGCCAUGGUGCGUGAUGAGAUGGGUCUAGAGGGAAACGUGUCUUUAUUAUGUUGGCUAACGAAGUAUUAUAAUGUACAGAUCCUUUACCAGACGUUCGGAUUUAAACCCGAAGAGUUUAUAGUCAAUUUCUAUGACAAGUAUCUUCCCGACAGUAGCUGGGAAUGUAAGAACGCAUUCUUUGUGAGGUGUCGAAGGUAA